AUGGCUCAUGUCCUUGUAAAUGAUGUUCUCCGUGAAAUUUUUCUUCAUCUUGUAAAUCCUAAUCCAUUUACUGGUAUUUAUACAAUUGAUGACCUCCACAAUUUAUAUCAAUGUAUAUUGGUUAACCGAACUUGGUGUUCUAUUGCGAUACCAAUCCUCUGGUCACAACCUUUUCACUUUCUCAAGGAAAACCCUGAUUCCGGAACUGCUAAUGAACAUAAAAUGAGUUCGAUGGAAAUAUGUGAAUACAGAAGACCACCCAUGUUUAAUUAUCCAGGAUUCAUGCGUUCAAUGUGGUACGAAACAAUGGUGCAAGCAAUAGAAGCUUGGUGUUUAGAAUUAUCAGAAAUUAUGAAUCCAGAUAACGAAAAUACAGCAAUGAAUGAACAAGAAGACAAAUUAAUUGAUAAUGCAGAAAUUGUCGUAAUGAAAUCAGUACUUAAACUCUGUUUAAAUAAAGGGGCACGAUUAAAUUGUUUAUUUUUACACCCUGAUAGACUUGAUGAAUUAAAUGAUGAAUUAUAUGAGAUGUUAUUGGUAAAUGAAGAAUUUAAAGAUUUAGUAUCAUCGAUUAAAACAUUAGAGAUUAAUGGAAUGAUUAGAAAAAAUAAUGUUUAUUUAAUGUUGAGUAAGAGGUGUCGUAAAUUGGAAUGUUUAUAUAUUCAUAGCCUGUGGGCGCGAAACCAUGAUAAAAAAUAUGUUGAUAAUUUCGGAAAUGCUAUUACCACUCUAAUUACAUCACAACAUUCUCUACGAUAUUUCACACUUUCCAAUUGUAAAGCUUAUGCCCGAGCGAUUGUUCCACCUUUGAAACAUCAAUCAUCGUCACUGCGUUACAUACGAUUUGAAAAUGUAGAUUUUCGAGGAUGCGAUCCGUGGGAAAGUGUAGCAGAAUGUAAACGAAUAGAAUUAUUAGAAGUUUAUGAAUGUAGUAAUUUAAAUGAGGAAAUGGUAGCACCAGUAAUUAAUGCACGUUUUGGAAAAGAAUUUGAAGCUAGGUAUGUUAGUUCUAAUCAAUGUCAAAAAUUUGAGGAUUGGGUGGAUAAACAAAAUUAUAACAGAUAA